UAGGUUUCGGAACGGCGGUCACACUGCGGGUCAUAUGAUCGACGUUACGCGAGAAUUGAUGUGCCGUCAUAGGCGUUGACUUCUCUCCGGUGUGUCUCGCUCUUCGAGUUUCUGCAAGUUUCCCGAGUGCUUCUUGAACGAAUUUUUCGCACGUCUCUUUCGUGAAGUUGAAACAUACGAAGCACCAUGGCCCUCAGCGACGCUGACGUGCAGAAGCAGAUCAAACAUAUGAUGGCCUUCAUAGAACAAGAGGCUAAUGAAAAGGCAGAAGAAAUAGAUGCCAAGGCUGAGGAAGAAUUCAACAUUGAAAAGGGACGUCUGGUACAGCAACAACGUCUCAAGAUUAUGGAAUACUAUGAGAAAAAGGAGAAGCAAGUUGAACUGCAGAAGAAGAUACAAUCCUCAAAUAUGCUUAAUCAAGCACGAUUGAAGGCUUUAAAAGUACGUGAGGAUCACGUACGCAACGUUCUAGACGAAGCCAGAAGAAGAUUAGGCGAAGUGAUUCACGAUACUAGCCGAUACAGGGAAGUUCUUCAACUGUUGAUUAUCCAAGGCCUUUAUCAAUUAACAGAACCGCAUAUUACUCUACGUGUACGUCAAGCAGAUGUACCUCUUGUAGAAUCUCUCCUCGAGAGUGUUCAACAACAAUAUAAGCACAUGACUAAGAAAGACGUUACUCUGAAAAUUGAUCCCGAUAACUUCUUACCUAGCGAAAGCUGCGGAGGUGUCGACUUGUUAGCAUCUAAAGGGCGCAUAAAGGUGAGCAACACCUUGGAGACCAGAUUAGAGCUGAUAGCUCAGCAAUUGGUACCCGAAAUUCGCUGUGCACUGUUCGGACGUAAUGAGAACCGCAAAUUUAACGAUUAAGCUACCUCUCUUCGACAGCGUUGAUUCUCCAAAACAUUCCCUUUUACCAAACUGAUUAUUGUCGCCUUUCACUCAAGUGUAUUCUGUAGAAUAAAAUUAGCGUACGAGAUUUCCCUCUCGUUGAGAUUCGCGUUCAACAUUCUCAAUGAAAGUGUCAGACACACGACGGAUCGCCGUGCAAUAUAACCAUCAUUGGAGCAGUAUAUAACAAGCUGUUAUAUUAUUCUACGAAAACACUCGAUAAAAUUUAGAACAUGAAAUCGCAUAUAAAGCGAUUCCAAAAAGAAAAAAGAAAUACUUCACACUCUCUGUUAUAAUAUUUGACAUCGACAACUGUUAAAAUUUUCGUGAAAAUGUCAGAGAAAGAGAGCGUGUGUGUUCAUAAACAAUACAAAACAUACUUUCUUAGUCGAUUAGGAAUGUUAACCAAUGAAGUUCAUAAAGAUAGUUAAUGUUUUUGGCUGCUUAUGUUGGAAAAAAGAAACUAAUAGCAAUUGUGAAAAAAAUGUAGUCCGAUAUCAGAAAAAUCGUACAAAUAAAGAUAUUAGCUGUCGAGUGCGCUUUAUGUGUAUAUAAGUGUAACACGCGUACUCUUAUAUACAUAUAGAGCAUAUCAAUACAUUAUGUACAUUAUGUAUAAAACAACGAUGUAACAAUACAUAAAUAUAUUAUAUUAA